AUGGCGCGGGUGGUGGCGCGGGCGGUUAAGCGGAAUGUAAAAGCAGAUAAGGAUCUUGAAGAAGAACAUAUUGUGGCACUGAUUCUAAAAGAAGAUGCUAAAGAUGAAGGAAAAUGUCAAAAAAAAAUGAAAGAAUACUGUGAAGCGUUGAAAAAAGUAAAAGUAGAAUUAAAACAAAUUUACGAAAAAUUUGAAAACUUCUGUGAUGAUGGAAAAAUGAAAACAAAAUGCCAAAAAUUGAAAACUAGCGUUCAAAAUAAAUGCACUGAAUUUAAAGGAAAACUCGAUAAAAUACUCAAACAAGCUUCAGGAUUAACAGAUGAGAAUUGCAAAGAAAAUGAACAACAAUGCCUAUUUUUGGAGGGAGCAUGUCCUGAUGAUCUUACAGAGAAUUGCAAUAAAUUAAGGAAUAAGUGUUAUCAAAAGAAGCGUGACAGAGUAGCAGAAGAAGCUCUUUUGAGGGCACUUCGUGGGGACUUGGAGAAAGAAGCUGAAUGUGAAAAGAAAAUAAAGGAUGUUUGCCCAAAAAUAGGCCAAGAAAGUGAUGAGUUGACAAUGUUAUGUUUUGAACAGGAGAAAACAUGCGCAGAUCUUGUAAAAAAAGGAAAAAGUAAGUGUAGUGCUCUAAAACAAGAAGUCGAAGAAGCACUUAAGAAGAAGAAUGAAUUACAAGGAAAAUGUUUACCAUUACUUGAGAAAUGUUACUUUCACAGAGGGAACUGCGAAGGAGACAAAUCAAAAUGCAAACUUCCAAAUGGAAACUGUGAGGAAUAUCUACCAAAGUGUGAUGAAUUAGCAGAAGAAUGUGAAGAAAAAAGCGUCAUUUAUAUACAUCCAGGACCUGAUUUCGAUCCAACUAAGUCAGAGCCUACAGUAGCAGAGGACAUAGGGCUGGAAGAACUUUAUAAGAAGGCAGAGGAUGAUGGGGUUUUUAUUGGAAAGAAUCAUCUAAGAGAUGCGACAGCUUUAUUGGCGUUGCUUAAUAAAAACCUUGAAAAACAAGAAUGUAUAAAAACCCUUCAAAAAAGCUGCAAAAACCCUCAUGAACAUGAAGCCUUGGAAAAACUAUGUAAGGAUAAUACUUUAAGUGAUUACGGAAAAGAAAAGUGUGAAGAAUUGAAAAACGAUGUUAACAAAACUUGCAAAAUUCUCACUUCAAAAGUCAUUAAUAAUCGCCUUUUUGACCCGAAAAAAGGAAAUAAAGGAAUUGUUGGGUGGGGAGAAUUGCCAACAUUUCUUAGUAAUAAGGACUGUGCAAAACUAGAAUCUUAUUGCUUUUAUUUUAAAGAAAGCUGUCCAGAUGUUAAAGAAGCUUGUGUGAAUGUGAGGGCAGCGUGUUAUAAGAGAGGGCUUGAUGCACGGGCAAAUAAAGUGCUGCAAGAAAAUAUGCGAGGAAUGUUACAUGGUUCAAACAAAAGCUGGCUUGAAAAGUUUCAACAAGAAUUAGUAAAAGUAUGCAAGGAACUAAAAGAAAAUAAAGAAAAUUUCCCAAACGAUGAACUAUUUGUUCUGUGUGUACAGCCAGCAAAAGCGGCCCGGUUGCUUACACACGAUCAUCAAAUGAGAGUUAUCUUUUUACGACAACAGUUGGAUCAAAAACGAGAUUUUCCGACAGAUAAAGACUGCAAAAAAUUAGGGAGAAAAUGCCAAGAUUUGGGAGAGGAUUCAAAAGAAAUUACGUGGCCAUGUCAUACACUGGAGCAACAAUGCAAUCGCUUAGGGACUACAGAAAUUUUGAAGCAGGUUUUACUGAAUGAACACAAGGAUACUUUGAAAACUCAUGAAAACUGUGUAACAUAUCUAAAAGAAAAAUGUAAUAAAUGGUCUAGAAGAGGCGAUAACCGUUUCUCUUUUGUAUGUGUCUUCAAAAAUGCUACGUGUAAGCUGAUGGUAAAAGACGUACAAGAUAAGUGCAAAGUAUUCAAGAAAAAUAUAGAGGUUGCAGAGAUCGUUGAUUUUCUUAAAAAUAACACGAAUAACAUAACAACACUGGAAAGAAACUGUCCCUCCUGGCAUACGUACUGCAAUAGAUUUUCACCUAAUUGUCCAGAUCUUACUAAAGGAGAUACUCUUUGUACAAAGAUCAAAGAUCAUUGUAAGCCAUUUUAUGAAAGAAAGGCCUUGGAAGAUGCUCUCAAAGUAGAGCUUCAAGGGAAUUUAAGUGAUAAAUCUAAAUGUGAACCUGCAUUAAAAAGAUAUUGUGAAGUAUUAAAAAAUGCAGCUAAUACGCCAAUUAAAGGAUUAUGUAAAGAUACUACUGAUAAAAAACCUAAAAAAGAUGACAAUAAAGUUAGAGAGGAACUCUGUGAGAAGUUAGUGGAAGAAGUGAAAGAACAAUGUAAAACAUUAUCAACAGAAUUAGAACAACCAGCAAAAGAGUUAGAAGAAGAUUCUAAGACAUAUGAGAAACUUAAGAAACAGGCAAAGGAAGCAAUGAACAAGUCCAAUCUUGUUUUAUCAUUCGUUAAAAAAGAUGAAAAUAAUGCAUCGAAAAAUAGUAGCAAAAACAAGGAUAAAAAUACCGUUUCAAACGGACUUCAAGAUACCACAGAACAUAUGAAAAUACUACGGAGAGGAGUUAAGGAUGUAUCCGUAACAGAAUCUGAAGCUAAGGCAUUUGAUUUGGUAGCAGAAGUAUUUGGAAGAUAUCUAGACUUGAAAGAAAGAUGUAAUAAAUUGGAAUCAGAUUGCAGAGUUAAGGAGGAUUGCAAGGAUUUAGAAGGAGUAUGUGGAAAGAUACAAGGAGUAUGUUCGAAAUUAAAACCACUGAAAGUGAAGCCGCACGAAACAGUGACAGAAAGCACAACGACGACCACGACGACAACAACGACCGUUACCGAUCCGAAGGCAACAGAAUGCAAAUCUUUACAGACAACAGAUACAUGGAUUACACAGACUUCGACACAUACCAGCACGUCUACCAUCACAUCUACAAUCACAUCAAAAAUAACACUCACAUCAACAAGGCGUUGCAAACCAACCAAGUGUACGACAGGGGAUGAUGCAGAGGACGUGAAGCCGAGUGAGGGAUUGAAGAUGAGUGGGUGGAACGUGAUGAGGGGGGUGAUAUUAGCAAUGAUGAUUUCGUUCAUGAUUUAG